GUUUUUUUUCUUUAUAUAUAUAUAUAUAUAUACAUAUAUAUAUGUUUGUCUUUUGUUAAAGAAAGAUAAGAAGGAUAUUCAUUCUCCCGCGCUUUCUUUUUUAUUUUUCAUUUGGAAAGAAGUUUAAAUCAAAAAGUUUUCUCCCGUACGUAACGUACACGUAAAUAGAUCGUACGCGACGUGACACAAGCUCUGGUGUCUGCCAAUGGUAGAGGAAAUAAAAGAAAAGAAAACAAAAUAAAUAGAAAUAUACGAUCCAACGUAAUCGAGCGUUAACAUUGGAAUCGGAAGAAAAAGAAAAAGAAAAAGAAAAAGAUAAAGAUAAAGAAAAAGAAAACAGGAAAAAAAAGAAAAAAGUACAGAAAUUAUUUCGUGUCUUACUGUACUGUAAAAAAAAAGAAAAAAAAGAAAAAGGAAAAAAAGAGAAAUUUUAUUUCCCCCUUAUAUUUAUCUUUCGCUUUUCUAUUCUCUUCUUUUCUUUCCAUUUUUUUACUCUUCUCAAUCGGAUUUAACAGAAGUGAAGAUAAAAGAGAGAGAGAGAGAGAGAGAGAGAAAUAGAGAGAGAGAGAGAGAGAGAGAGAGGGCCAUCAUGAAGAAUUUAAAGUCGAGAAGAGAGAAAGAGAGAGACGGAUUCUCUUUGUUUCUAAUCACUAGGUAAACUGUGAACUAACGUGUCUAAGAAACGUGACAAGAUUAAACAAGACGGAAUAAGAGGAAAAAAAAGAAGAAGAAGAAGAAAAAGAAGAGGAAGGAGAAGAAGAAAAGGAACAAAAGCAACGACUGUAAUGUUCCAGAUUGUGAAACUUUUCGUUAAAUUGCCAUUGAAUAAAAAACGGAAACGCGAUCGAGAAGACCUUAAUCGAAAUUUCACGAUCUCCUAAUAAUCGUUCAUUCGAAGUUUCACGUUGUAUCAGUCGAAAAAAAUUACGGGAAAAUUAUCGAACAUUAAAGUGAUCUCGCGUGUUUUCUAAUUAUACUACAAGAACGAAUACAAGUGAACGGAGGGAAGAGGAAAGCGAUAGAAAAUCUUCGAGAUAAUAAAAACAAAAACAAAAAAAAAAAAAAAAAACAAAAAAAAGAAAGAAAAAGAAAAAAAAAAAAAGGAAAAGAGUAAAGAAGAUCGAAUUUUCUCGGUCGAUAAAAAAUUCCAAAUUCAAAGUUCGAUUCUUCCCUGGAUAAGGAAAAUUUUUGUCGAUAAUCCUAAAAACUUGAAAUAAAUUGAUCGUUUAAAUUAAUAAUAUAAUAUAAGGAAAACAAUGAAUGCCAACGUUACGAACGUUUCGGAUUAUGAGACUGGUUAUGAGUGCGGUAAAAAAUGGGAUUCGUUUCGUUCUAAUUAUGCACAGGUGCAUGGUUGGGCAAGUCUAUUAGUUUGCAUAUUUGGUUGCAUAGCGAACAGUUUGAAUAUAGCGGUACUUACAAGACGUGAUAUGAGAUCACCUACCAAUAUGAUAUUGACUGGUUUAGCGGUUGCUGAUUUAUUGGUUAUGAUAGAAUAUAUACCAUAUGCUAUACAUCUUUAUCUUUAUCGUCGUCCAAGAAGGGACACAUUUACGUACGGCUGGGCCGUAUUUGUUUUAUUCCAUUCGAAUUUUGCACAGGUCUGUCAUACAAUCUCAAUAUGUUUAACAUUAACACUUGCUAUUUGGCGAUACAUAGCCGUAGCGCAUCCUCAAAAAAAUCACGAAUGGUGUAGUCAAAGGAGAACGAUAAUAGCGAUCGUAGGUGCUUAUCUGUUCUGUCCUAUAUUAUGUAUACCAUUAUACAUAACGACCGAGGUAAGAUCGCAAAUCGAAUUAUUGGAUGAGAAUGGAAUGAACGUUAAUAUGACCAACGUACGAAAUAAUAAUUAUUGGAACUAUAGUAUAUAUAAUAAUACAUCGAAUACGACACUUUAUUUCGUCAAAUUAAAGGAAACUCCGAUGGUCAAUGGUAUGUUAAAUGAAAUGAACUUUUGGAUCUACAGCGUCGUUAUCAAAUUAAUACCGUGCAUGGCCCUGACCAUUUUGAGCAUUAAAUUGGUCAUCGUAUUGCUCGAGGCUAAAGAACGUAGAAAAAAAUUGACUACUACCGCGUUGAAAACUAACGACGAAAGAUUGGCGGAUAAAGCUACGAACGAUCAAGCAAAGAUGAAAAAGAAAAAGGCCAAUAGAAACAUGGAGAAGGAAAGACAAACGGAUAGAACGACGAUGAUGUUAUUAGCUGUUUUACUAUUGUUCUUGCUCACCGAAUUGCCCCAGGGUGUACUUGGUUUGCUCAGUGUCAUAUUAGGCUCGAGCUUCUUUCAUACGUGUUACGUUAUGUUAGGUGACGUAAUAGAUAUCCUAACACUGAUAAAUUCGGCGAUAAAUUUCAUCCUUUAUUGCACGAUGAGCCGUCAAUUUCGGACAACGUUCAAACAACUUUUCUGCAGCAAGUGGAGAAAUCUCAGUAGAUGGAUGCCCAUACCACAACAACCAAUGGAUAACAAUGGAUGUUUCAUUUUAAAUGUGAUACGGCCGAUUUAUCGCCGUUCUUAUUGCUGAGUUUUAUAAACGAACGUUUCAAAUAUUCGUAAGUAGAUUUUGAGAAUGAAAUACGAUAAGGAUUUUGAAGGUAUUUCAUUAAAGCUAUCUCAAAGAAGUUUAUCAUCGAGAUAGGUAAGACACAACACAUCUUUUUAUUUGAUAAUCAAUAUUUUCAAUCGUACAAAAAUUUCAGAGAAUAUUGAUAGAAAUCCAACGAGAAUCUACGGAAUCUAACUUUUUAUCAAUGAUUCUUCAUCGAUUUAUGAUUAAUUGAACUUUUAAUAAACUGUGGAAUCCCAAACAAUGGCAUUAAUUUUCCUUCAAAGAUAUUUGACGAAUCAAUGAAUUCAUUGAUCAAUUUUUUUUUCUUCGCUUUUAUAUUUCUUUUUGUUUCUAUAUUUAAUUCAUUCACUUUAAAAUUUAUUCCAGUAAAAUUUUUUAAAUACAUCAUUAUUUAGGCAGGAGAGAAAAGGGGAAAGGAAAGGGUAAUAUGUACAAUACCAUUCGGCAAUCAUAUAAACAAUAUUAUUAUAAAUUCUUUGUAUUAGAUUGUAA